AUGUCCAUCCAAAAAGUCCUCAUCCUCGGCGCAACCGGCUCAGUCGGACGCCCCAUCCUCACCGCGCUCCUUGCCUCUCCCUCCCUCCAGAUAACAAUCGGCACGCGCGCCAGCUCCAGUGCCACCUUCCCCGCGGGCAUUCCCGUCAAAACCGUCUCGGACGCCUUCACAACCGCAGAACUAACCUCCCUCUUCACUGGUCAAGAUGCCGUCGUCGUCGCCCUCUCCACCGCCCCCGUCACAGCCGGCGGCAAAGACGGACUCGCCUUCCGCCUCAUCGACGCCGCGUUGGCGGCAGGCGUGAAACGUUUUAUCCCCAGCGAGUUUGGAGCAAACAAUCUGGACCCCCGCGCGAGGGCGCUGGUGCCGACUUACGAUAUCAAGGGGGACAUGCUCACCUACCUCAUCGAAUCGUGCGAGAAGAGCCAGGGCAAGAUGACCUGGAGCAGUAUUUGCUGCGGUAGCUGGCUUGACUGGGCGCUAAAUCCCGCCCAAUCUGGCAAUUUCCUAGGCAUAGACGUCAAGGGGCGCACGGCAAAGGUGUGGGAUUCGGGCAAUAAGAAGUUUGCGGUUACGUCGAGUAAGAAUACGGGGACGGCAGUUGCACAGGUGCUGCUGCGCGCAGAGGAGACGGCCAACAAGCAGAUCUUUUUGUGCGAUUUCAUGGUUAGUAUACGGGAGGUUUUGGGGGCGUUGGAGAGGGCUACUGGGGAGACAUUCAAGGUAGAGCAGGGGGACAGCAAGACGGAGAUUGAGCGUUUGAAGAAGAAAUAUGACGAGGGGGAUGCGAGUGCGACGUUUGGGCUUUUGGCGCUGAGUUUCGGGGCAGAUGUGGAUGUUGGGUAUGACUUUCCGGGUGAGCAGCAGGUUUGGAAUGAGAAGUUGGGCUUGCCCAAGGUUACGCUGGAGGAGUUGGUCGAGGAGGCUGUCGAGUUGGCGAGGAGGUCGUAG